CUUUAACAAUAGAAUAAUUAUUUUUCCACAUACUAAUAAAUUUCCCCUAUAAAAAAUCCCAGUACAAAAUUAAAUUUAUUAAAAUAAAAUAGAACCCAAAUGCACGCGUUAAAAUUUUAAAAUAUUUACACCGAGAGUAAGUCCAUGAAAGAUAAAUUUAUAGUUUUUCAUCUCCAGUCUGCUGAGAUUUAAAAUAAAGCAACAGAUUAAAUGGUGCUCACAGGUGCCAUGGAAAGAAGAAUAAAAUUAAAAACACUUAAUAGCCACAUAACUUGUAAAAUAUGUCGUGGUUAUUUAAUUGACGCAACAACAGUUACCGAGUGCCUGCAUACUUUUUGUAAAAGUUGUCUAGUUAAACAUUUGGAGGAAAAACACACAUGUCCAACAUGCCAAAUAGUUAUACAUCAGUCACAUCCAUUACAGUAUAUAAGUUUUGACAGGACAAUGCAAGAUAUUGUUUACAAACUUGUUCCUGAUCUGCAAGAAAAUGAGAUAAAAAGAGAACGUGAGUUUUAUCGAGCACGUGGGCUGCCGUGUCCGAAAGAUGUGUUACCAAAUGCUGGUGAUGUUGAAGAUGAAAAAGCCUCGGCGGACGCACAUGCCGAGGCUGAUUAUCAUCGUGCUGAUGAACAAGUAAAUGUUUGUCUUGAGUGUAUUAGUAGUAAUUUAAAAACACUAAAAAGAAGAUUCAUAAGAUGUUCAGCACAGGCUACGAUAACACACUUAAAAAAAUUUAUUGCCAAAAAAGUUCUAAAUGGAUUGGAAAAAUAUCGUGAUAUUGACAUUCUGUGUAAUGAUGAACUAUUAGGUAAAGAUCAUACAUUAAAGUUUGUCUACGUAACACGAUGGAGGUUUAGGGACCCACCAUUAAGAUUACAAUACCGACCAAGAAUAGAUAUUUAAGUCAAUACAUAUAUUUAAUAAUUAAGAGUUAUUUUAUAAUUUAAAUAACUUUAAUUAUUCGACUACUCUUCCAGUUUAUUUUUAUUUCAACGUAAGGUAAAUGACCUAGUACCCGAUCAGUGAACUAGGACUCGAUCAUUACAUGUAUUUGUAUGUCAAUAUUUAGUAAAAUUUAGUGAAUAUAGAUAUACAAAUACAUGAGUAAUCGAGUACUAGUUUCCUAAUCGGGUAAUAGUUGUAUGAUUAGAUACUAGUUCCCUGAUUGAGUACUAGUUACCUGAUCAGGUAUUAAUUCACUGAUUGGGUACUAAUUCCCUGUUUGGGUACUAAUUCACUGAUCGGGUACUAGUUUCCUAAUCGGGCAAUAGUUUUAUGAUCAGAUACUAGUUCUCUGAUUGAGUACUAGUUUCCUGAUUAGGUACUAAUUCACUGAUUAAGUACUAAUUCCCUGAUCGGGUACUAGUUUCCUGAUUAGGAACUAAUUCACUGAUUAGGUACUAAUUCACUGAUUAGGUACUAAUUCACUGAUUAGGUACUAAUUCACUGAUUAGGUACUAAUUCACUGAUUAGGUACUAAUUCACUGAUUAGGUACUAAUUCCCUGAUCGGGUACUAGUUUCCUAAUCGGGCAAUAGUUUUAUGAUCAGAUACUAGUUCUCUGAUUGAGUACUAGUUUCCUGAUUAGGAACUAAUUCACUGAUUAGGUACUAAUUCACUGAUUAGGUACUGAUUCCCUGAUCGGGUACUAGUUUCCUAAUCAGGUAAUAGUUUUAUGAUCGGAUACUAGUUCUCCGAUCAUAUACUAAUUUCUUGAUCGGGUACUAAUUCACUGAUUGAGUACUAGUUUCCUAAUCGGGUAAUAGUUUUAUGAUCAGCAGGGUACGGAAGUUUGUGCUCAACAAUAAGAAUAAAAAAAAAAUAUUCACGCAAAUUUCUCUAUAUCAAAAUGACGAUCGCGAGCAAAUUCACCUACAUCAAAUUAAAAGAUAUAUUCAAAUUUCGAGUGUCAUCAAAGAAUGUCGAAAUUGAGGUCGUGAAAAGAAUAGGUCAAUAAAACUAUCAGCAAGAUAAUUAGCAAGACCAGUAACAAGACAAUUGUCUUGCUCGUCUUACUGGCGGUCUUGCUAAUUAUCUUGCUGGUAGUCUUGCUCAUUGUCUUGCUGGUGGUCUUGCUAAUUAUUUUUCUGAUUGUCUUAUAGACAUAUUUUUUUCACAACCACAAUUUCGAUAUUCUUUUAUAACAUUCGAUAUUUGAAUAUAUCUUUUAAUUUAAUUCACGUGAAUCUGCUCACGGACGUCAUUUUGAUAUAAAAAAAUUUGGGCGAAUUGUUUUCUUUUAUCCUUAUUGUUGAGCACAAACUUUUGUACCCUGAAUCAUUGAUCAGUUGCUAGUUCUCUAAUUGGGUACUAGUUGCCCGAUUAGGUACUGAUUCUCUGAUCAGAUAUUAGUUUCCUGAUUGAGUACUGGGUCACCUUAUCAUUAAUUAGCAAUCUAAGUACUUAUUGCAUAAUUAAAGAAGGCGUUAGCAAAUCACCCAAAGUAUUUUUUUUUUUGCAUUAACAUGAAUUUAAUUAUUUAAUUAUUUAUAUUUUUAAUUAAAUUAAUUAUUGAUUAUUAUUAUUAUUUUUAUAAGUGUGUUUAUAUUUUGUGUAGGGACAAUAGUUUUAAUGACUUGAUUUAUUUUUUUCUUGAAUCAUAUAUUAUUUUAUUUUUAAAUGACA